UAGGGUACCCACCAAAUAGGACUGGUCACAAAAUAUAAAACGAAGGACACUGCGAGAUAUUUCUACUUCAUCUCACAUGUAAACGCUACUGUACUCUAUGUAGGUCAGCUAACUGGAAGAAGAGAAGCUCAGUUAAAACCUGUCUGACCUGUGCGUACAUCGCGCAGUGAAAGCAUGAAUUCAGUCUACAGUCCUUUAUAUACAAGAGUAAAGGAAGUGUUUAUAGGGUGUGUGUUGUCUUGCAUGUCCCUUUAAAACUAAGCCUUACCCCUCGCGCUCAGAAGUUUAGUGACGUUCUGUACCUGCCGCCAGGUGAGACUGGAUGUUUUAAUGCGCGCGGUGGACCUGUGGGACUUUUUAAUAGGGCUUUUGUUAUUUUUCAUUAAGGUUUAUGAAGUAUUUGGAUUAGGAUAUGGUACAAACUACGUGUGUGGAUAGUGGACGUUAAACCAAAAAAUCAGUGUUUUUAGGAGGCUGAUUUCUAUAAAUCGCCGAAACGUCUCGACAACAUCAACAUACGGGAACUUUUUUACGAAAAUACAGUAUCUAGUUAUUUACUGAUGGAUGAGAGGCGAUUGAAAAUACCAAAUAUAAUGAAGAAUCACGUUUACUUCCUUUGAUCAUCCGAUGUUAUAUUUCAUGCAAGCUUUUUGCAACUCAGAGAACAUAAACAAACCUUCUCAAAGAGAAUGGCAUUAAAGCGAUCAUCUUCCAUGAAGACCCAGCUGGUCAAUGCUAUCCAGCUUCAAGAAGUGGAGCUGGGAGAAACCAGCACCGACCAUACCUAUAACACACCAGUAGAACCUGCAGAACCUCCAGAGGUCAAGGAAAUAAAAUGUUACACUGUGGAGGAGGCCGUCGAGAACAUUGGCUUUGGACGCUUUCAUAUUAUGCUUUUUGUCAUCAUGGGGAGUGCCAAUAUAGUGGAGGCGAUGGAGAUUAUGUUACUGGCUGUAGUUUCUCCCGAGAUCCGCUGCGAGUGGCGUCUGGAGGAUUGGCAGGUGGCUCUGGUCUCCACGAUGGUGUUUUUGGGUUUUAUGGUCUGUGGGGUUCUCAGUGGUUAUUUGGCUGACAAAUACGGACGGUGGAAGGUGGUGUUUAGUGGCUUUGUGUGGGCUUCAUAUUUUUCUCUACUUACUUCGUUCUCCCCAUCAUACGGCUGGUUUAUCUUCCUGCGCUGUAUGGUCGGCUGUGGAGUGGCGGCCACAUCUCAAGGGUUUGUUCUGAAGACAGAAUUCAUUCCAGCCAAAUACAGAGCAUUUUUGCUACCUCUUGCUUCAAUCUUCUGGAUGUUGGGAUCAAUGCUCAUCAUCAUUCUCGGUAUGACGGUGGUGCCCACAAUGGGCUGGCGUUGGAUGAUCCGUUUCUCCAUCAUCCCCAGUAUCAUACUCAUUGGACUGUUCCUGUUGAUUCCUGAGUCUGCACGGUACCAGGUCUCAGCAGGUAACAUCCAGGGAGCUAUGUCUACACUUCGGUGGAUUGCUAAUAUGAAUGGCGCAACGCUACCUGAAGGAGAACUGAGAGAGCCAGAAGUGACAGAAAGAGGAAAUGCAUUCACUCUGAUCAGUUCUGGAUUGAGAAGAACAUCACUGUUGCUGUGGUACUCAUGGUUUGUGGCCUCUUUCUGCUAUUAUGGUUCAGUGCUUAGCAGCUCAGAGUUACUGGAAAAGAAUCUUCUGUGUGUGACGGAUGCAGACCAAGAGCACCAGAUCAAACACAACCAGGAGGAGGCACUGUGCUAUUGUAUUCCAUUUAAUUCAGCUGACUACCAGACGCUUCUCAUCAGCUCUCUCGGCGAGGUGGCACUCAUACCUCUGAAUAUUGGACUAUUAAAUAUAUUCGGACGAAAGCCAAGCAUGGCCAUUCUGUUGAUGCUUGCUGCUGUUUUUUUUAUGCUUGUUAAUAUCUGCACAACAAUGUUUGGUUUCACCGUACUGCUCUUCCUUCUCCGUUCUGUGGUUGCGAUGAAUUUUAAUGUGGUCUAUAUAUAUACAGCAGAGGUUUAUCCGACAUCUGUGCGCUCAAUAGGAAUGGGUUUUUGUACUUCCUUCAGUCGAAUUGGGGGAAUGAUCGCGCCAUUUAUUGCACAGGUACUGAUGUCCAAGUCUGUAGUUCUGGCUCUGACUCCGUUUGCAGUGGCGUGUGUUAUUUGUGCCGGGGGAGUUUCCCUGCUGCCCAUAGAGACCAGAGGAAGGGCGUUACUGCAAAAUGCAUGAAGUACACACCUGAUGAAGAUGAAAGACAGUUUUGUAACAAAAAAAUAAAAUCAUUUAAGAUAUCAUAUUAAAGUUGGAACUGUUUUUUAAACAAUUUUGUGGGUCAUGUUUUUAUAGAGACCAUUAAAGACCACAUAACAUGUUUUGACUAACACAAUUUUCUUUGUUGGUUAAUGAGGCAUGUUGAAUGGUUCAUGUUUCUUUUAAAUAACAAAAGACUUUAUGUCCCAAGCUCUCCACUUGCUAUUGCUAGUCAUUGCCAUUUUGUAAUAUGAAAAGAGUACAUUCUCAUUUAGGCCUAUAAGACAAAAA